UGCGACACACCUCUGAAAGACUGAAAGCGAAACUUCUUGAAUAAACCGACAUUGGAAGUCAAAAGCUCAUGAUCAUCAUCCAUGGCGAUGGCGACAUUGGCUCUCUCUUCUCUCUCCAAUCUUAUUUCCUCCUUUCUUCCCUCUCAAUCACCACCAAACCCACUUUCUAAAUUCCAACCAAAAUCUCUUUCCCUCCCCAAGACAGCAUCGGAGUAUGUCCCACCUAUGUUGGCUUCUUCCGACCGUACGCUACCAUCAACUUCUCUUUCUUCUUCUCUGAUGAAGGCCGAUGAGAUAACCCCCAUAGUGUGCCCAUCACUAGCAUAUUCGAAUACUCUAUUCUAUAAGUCAGGGUACUACAACGUAGAGGUCGUUGUAGGAGAGAACGAGCCAGAGGAGAAGCUGAUGAACAGGUUCAGGGUCGCUGUGUUCAAGUCAGGUGUCAUUCAGGAGUGCAGAAGGAGGAAGUUCUUUGAGUCUUCCCAGGAUAAGAAGAAGCGUAAAUCACGAGAUGCUGCUCGUAGGAACCGAAAUAGACGUCCCCACCCAAAAGCUUCAACACAAGCUAAAGAAGAAAAACCCAAGAGGAAUGACAACAGUGAUGAUGAUAACUGGGAGCUUCCGGAAGAUCUUCCCUAUUAACCAAAUUCGCGCAUGUGAAAUAGAGAUGUAAUGGUGCUGGUUUUCUGGGAUGACUGUAUUUGAUGUGCCUGCUCUCAGAAUUGGUCGGUUCUUGUUUGCUGUUCUCUGUGAUUUGCUUCCUAGGGAUGGCCUGAGCUGUUUAGUCCUCAUUUAGGCACCAAAAAGAAGGUAGGGAAACAUUACUGAGUUUUUACUUUUCUGUUGUUGGAAUCAUGAUCCAACUUUCUUUUCUCAUACCAAGAGAAUGCAUGCAUAAGGUUGAAGAAUAAUUAUUUCAAUUUAUC